GCGCGCCUGGCUUGCCACCUACCCCAACCCAACCCGGAAGAGGAAGAGGCACCCAGCAUCCCGCUCCCCUUCCCUCGCCCGUCGCGAAAUUACGGUUCGGCCCCCGCGGCGCGGCCGCUUUGCGUCGCCGAUCCGGAACCUCCUCCCCCCACUUUCCCGGCCGCCGCGAUGGUCGAGACCAGGCGGAGCUCCGCCGCGAAGCGGCCGGUCCCGUCGGAGGAGGCCUCGCCGGCGCCGGCGGCCGUGGGCGCGGCGCCGGUGGAGCCAGCUUCCUCCCCGCCGCCUCGGAGCCGAUCGGGCAAGCGGGCGAAGGUCGCGGUUGAGGCGGCGGGCGCGAAGGCGGCGGUGGCUGCGGUCGAUGUGCUGGACAGCUCCGUGGAUAACAUGCAGGGCGUGGCGAGGUCAACCGGGGACGUGGCGGCGUCGUCCGCGGUGUCCAAUUCGGGAGGGAGGAGGAAGAAGAAUAAGCCAACAAGGUCUUUUCCAACAGAGGGGGGGACGCUCUGGAAGACGAGGCCCGUGUCCGCGAGUGGGCGGGCUGAGGCCUGGGGCAGACUGAUUUCCCAAUCUUCUGAGUAUCCCUCGAUUCCAAUUUAUCCUACUCAUUUCACUGUUGGCCACGGUGGAAAGUAUGACCUGAAGCUCACUGAGUCAUCUCCUGGGUCACUUGUUUGCAAACUGAAGCAUGUUAAGAGGGGUGCUGCCCUUGAGAUCUACAUAUCCAAAGUUGUCCAUGUCAACGGGAAGGCCUUGGACAAGGCUGCUAAAGUCACCUUGAUUGGAGGUGAUGAAGUCAUUUUUAGUUCACUUGGGAGGCAUGCUUAUAUAUUUGAGCAACUUCCAGAGGAAAAAUCAAGCACAUCAUCAUUGUGUUCCACAUGUGUUAUUCAACAAGAACAAUAUGCAGUUAUCAAAGGUACACCGGAUAAUCUGUCAUCUAAAGGCUCCAAAUUAUCAUCACCAUUUAACUUUGGAAAUGGCCGACCUCCAUUGGUUCCUCAUGAUAAGGAGAUAGUUAGCAGUUUAUGUAAGACAAUGGAGGAACAGAGCUACUACACUUCUGAAGAAAAUGUGCCGUUUGCUCGGCAUCAGCUUUUAAAGGAUGAUCUGAAGAAGGCAACUAUUAGUGCAAGUGAUAUAUUAGAGUCAUUUGAUACUUUUCCAUAUUAUCUCAGUGAGAGUACCAAAAAUGUCCUCCUGUCGUCAGCGUAUGUAAACCUAUGCUGCAAGGAAUCCACCAAAUGGACAAAAGAUAUAUCUUCUCUUUGCAAACGGGUACUAUUAUCUGGUCCAGCAGGGUCUGAGAUCUACCAAGAAUUAUUGGUGAAGGCACUUACCAAAUUCUUUGGUGCUAAGCUGCUUAUCAUAGAUUAUGCGUUACUGUCUGGUGGACAGUCUUCAAAAUCAAAGGAAUCGGAGUCAUACAAAAAAGGUGAUAGGGUGAGAUACAUUGGAUCUCUACAAUCGACAGGGAUUAUCCUUGAGGGACAGAGAGCUCCAGAUUAUGGUUCACAGGGUGAGGUGCGGCUUCCUUUUGAGGAAAAUGGAUCCUCAAAAGUAGGAGUCAGAUUUGAUAAACAGAUCCCUGGGGGCAUUGAUCUUGGAGGCAAUUGUGAGCUUGACCAUGGUUUCUUCUGUUCGGUUGAUUCUCUAUGCCUCGAUGGUCCAGGAUGGGAAGAUAGAGCCAAACAUCCAUUUGAUGUAGUAUUUGAGUUUGCUUCUGAAGAAAGUCAACAUGAGCCUCUAAUCCUAUUUCUGAAGGAUGUUGAAAAAAUGUGUGGAAAUAGUUACUCUUAUCGUGGUCUAAAGAAUAAGCUUGAAAAGUUCCCAGCUGGUGUUUUUAUUAUUGGGUCCCAGAUCCAGACGGAUACUCGGAAAGAUAAGUCAAACAGUACGUCUCCGUGGCUUAAGUUUCCGUACAGCCAAGCAGCAAUACUUGACCUUGCAUUCCAGGAUAGCUUGGGUCGGGUGAGUGAAAAAAACAAAGAAGCACUGAAGAUGUCGAAGCAUCUAACUAAACUUUUCCCAAAUAAAGUGACAAUAGAAACACCGCAGGAUGAAUCAGAACUCUCCCAGUGGAAACAGCUAUUGGACCGUGACAUUGAAAUUCUUAAGGCAAAGGCUAACAUUUCGAAAAUCCAGUCUUUCCUAACCCGCCAUGGUAUGGAGUGUACUGAUGUAGAUUCAGCAAUUUGUAUCAAAGAUCGUAUUCUUACAAGUGAAUGUGUUGAUAAAAUAGUUGGUUAUGCUUUGAGUCAUCAACUCAAGCAUUGUACGACUCAAACUCCUGGAAAGGAUGUGAGAGUUAUCCUUUCUGGUGAAAGCCUUAAGCAUGGAGUUGAUUUGUUGGAGAGUAUCCAAAGUGACCCUAAGAAGAAGAGCACAAAGAAAUCACUCAAGGAUGUUGUCACGGAGAAUGAAUUUGAAAAACGUCUUCUUACUGAUGUGAUCCCUCCUGAUGAGAUUGGUGUUACCUUUGAGGACAUUGGAGCACUAGAAAAUGUCAAGGAAACGUUGAAGGAGUUAGUGAUGCUUCCUUUACAAAGGCCUGAAUUGUUCACCAAAGGACAACUUAUGAAGCCUUGUAAAGGAAUAUUGCUUUUUGGUCCGCCCGGUACAGGGAAGACCAUGCUUGCUAAAGCUGUUGCAACAGAGGCUGGUGCUAAUUUUAUCAACAUAUCAAUGUCAAGCAUCGCUUCAAAGUGGUUUGGCGAGGGAGAAAAAUAUGUGAAAGCUGUGUUUUCACUUGCAAGCAAAAUUGCUCCUAGUGUCAUUUUUGUGGACGAGGUCGACGGCAUGUUGGGUAGACGUGAGAACCCAGGGGAACAUGAAGCCAUGCGUAAGAUGAAGAAUGAAUUUAUGGUGAACUGGGAUGGUCUGAGGACGAAAGAUAAAGAACGUGUUUUAGUACUUGCUGCUACUAAUAGGCCUUUUGAUCUCGAUGAGGCUGUUGUUAGGAGGCUCCCCCGGAGGUUGAUGGUGAACUUGCCAGAUGCACCCAAUAGAAAAAAGAUUCUUGGUGUAAUACUAGCCAAAGAAGAUUUGGCAGAUGAUGUAGAUCUGGAUGCACUAGCUAAUUUGACCGAUGGGUAUUCAGGCAGUGAUCUGAAGAGUCUGUGUAUUACUGCAGCACAUUGCCCCAUAAGGGAAAUCCUUGAAAGAGAGAAGAAGGAGAGAGCCUUAGCAGAAGCAGAAAAUAGGCCACUGCCACCUCAAUGUUCAAGCAGUGAUGUUCGUCCCCUAAAAUUUAGUGAUUUCAAACAUUCACAUGAGCAGGUCUGUGCAAGUAUAUCAUCCGAUUCGACGAAUAUGAACGAGCUUGUCCAAUGGAACGACCUCUACGGAGAAGGCGGGUCCAGGCAGAAGACAUCUCUAAGCUACUUCAUGUAGCUCAGCUUAUGCUUUUAAGAUUAUGUGUACAUACAGCACAAGUGCUAGCUUAAAGCAGCCGAGAAGAAGAUAGGCAAGCAAUAGUAGCUGUUUGUUGUUCAUGUAUAGGCGGUUUCCAGUUAAUUUGCUGUGGCAAUCUCUAUUCAUGUCGGUUCUAAUUUAGGACGGCAAAUAGUGUCGGACCAGUUUGGUUGGCCCACCGCCCUCUCUGCAUGUAGCCUGAGCAUCCGAUCGGUUAAUUUAAUUUGAUGGCGAAUGCAAUUCACUUUAUCA